AUUAAGCAGUUGCGAGCUUUAAAAUUUUGCUACUCAAACUUUAAAUGAUUCGUGAGGAAAAUGUUGGAACAGUUUUUUACAACACGGUGUAAAAUUAAUAAUAUUGAUCAUAUUGAUCAUUUAUAAAGGAAACAAAUAAUUUACAAUGGAUUAUGCAACUGUGAUUGAUCAAGCUGUAAAACAGUUUUAUGCAGAAGGAAAUAAUGAGGUACAUUCAUGGCUUCUUCGGGUUCAAACCUCUCCGGAAGCCUGGACUUUUGUCUGGCAGCUUCUUGACCCUUCGAAGUCGAUGGAAGUACAAUUUUAUGGAGCUAAUACAUUGCAUGCUAAAAUUUCUAAACAAUGGAAUGAAGUACCAAAGAAUGAAUACUCUGCUCUGCAGGAACGGUUACUCAAUUUUAUGAAGCAACCAAAUACCCCCAAAGUUGUCCUUUCAAAACUUUGCCAAGCGUUAGCUUGUUUUGUAGCAAAUACUAGCGCGGUUGAAAAUGAAAAUGGAAAGGAUAGAAAUAUUGUAGAUGAAUUAAUGGAAAUGUUGCCAUAUGAUUCACUUCCCAUGUUGGAACUACUUUUACUUACGCUUUCUGUGUUACCAGCAGAGAUCAAAAGAAGAUAUGAAGUUAGAAAAGCCAAAUCAUAUGAAUGUUUAUAUACUGGUUGGUGCAAAACAGCCUGGCUUUUGCAACAAGUUUUUUCAAUGUGCAACCCUAAUGCUCAAGAUUGUGAUCAUGAAUUACAUUUAUUGGCUUUGGAAUGCGUAUUUUCCUGGCAUAAAGUAGCUCAGCUCCCUUUAGAACCUACUGGACAAAUAUAUCAACAUUUGUUGAUAGCUGCAGCUUAUUAUGCACCAAGCAGGGAGUCGUGUGGUGUAGAAAAUGUUAAAGGUUGGGAAACAGUCCAUGAGUGCUUGAAUAUAAUAGUAACACAUCCUGAACUUAAAAAAAGACCACAAACACUAUGGGAAUGGGCACAUAGUCUGGUAACAAUGGCAAGACAAUACAGUGGAAAAUACUUCUGUGAAAUUCUGACUGCUAUUGGAGAAGCACAUAGUAGAAUAUUUCUGUUUGCUUUAGUAGACGAGGGAAAUGAAACACAAAAAUGGACCACUAGAACCUUAAUUGAAUUACUAUUGGAAUGUUCAGAACAAGAAGGAAGGUAUCCUAUAGACGAGAUGCGUAGUUGUAUUCCAUUUGGAUUCUGGUUCACGUUACAAGAUGAUCUCUCGACCUUCGAUCAACCCUACGAGAGUCGUGCUUUACAAACUCUAAAACCUGUUUACGCAAAAUUGGCUCAGGCAUUGCUAAGAAAAUCUACGCUCCCUUCGUCCAUUGACGAAGCAGGAGAUUCAGAUGAACGGGAACUUUUCAGGCGAUACAGACAGGAUGUAGCGGAUACCUUAGAUUAUUGUUAUAGAGUAUUAGGACAAGACUUGUUAGUACUUCUUGGACAGAGAUUAAGUCAAACGCUAGACAAUUCGGAAAAAUGGACAGAGUUGGAAUCAACGAUACAUGCUUUUGAAGCUCUCGCAGACAGUGUUGGAGCAGAAGAAUCGCAUUAUGUUCCUGCUCUGAUGGAUUUAAUCCUUAGUCAUAUUCCAUAUGAUCACUAUCCAGGAGAGGUAUUAGCAUGUGCGUGUUCAGCGAUUGGAGCGUACGCUGAAUGGGUAGGAGAACAUCCAGAUCCUUGGUUGGAAAGAGUAUUGCGAGUGGUAACUCUAGGUUUGACGAAAGGUUCUGUAACAGCACCGUUUGCUAGUAUGGCCUUGAAAGAUUUAGCGAGAGAAUGUGAACAAGAGUUAGCGCCUUUUGCAUCAACUGUUCUAAAUACCAUAGAACAAACACUUCCAAAUGUAAUACCAGGAUCUGCAGAAGGACUGAGAAUGAUGUAUGCGGCUGGUAAAUUAUUGAAUAUCUUGCCUUCCGUCGAAGAACAAUUAGCCCACCUCGACGCCACGUUAGGCCUGUGUAUAAUGAAGAUACAAGAACUAUUAGAACAGCCUUGGUUUGUAGCACGUGGUGCUGUUCUGAAUCAAUUGAAAAUGGCUACUAUGUUCUUUUCCACGUUAGAAGGGUCUAUCGGAAAGGCUGUAUUGGACGGAAUGCUACCAAUAUUUAAUCGAAUCGUUGCCCAUCCUGAAUGGGGCCAGGACAACUUCAUGUUAGAAGCGAUGUACGUCUGUGCUCAAAAGUCUUUGACGUCGUUGUUGCAUCCUGGGGUUGAUGCCAGGCCGCUUCUUUCCAUCUUACAAACUUCGUAUAAAACAUGGCCUCAUCCUGCCGCAUUAGAUCUUCUGCGACAGUUGGUACUUUUAUUUGGUCGAGAUCCGGACAAUGUGAUAGGACCUGUUUUUGCGGAACUCAGCUCUAUAACAUUAAGCGGUGUCAGAGCUUGCAGGUCCGUGAAUGGUAAUUUAUCAGACUGGGCGGAACUGAUGGAAGCUUACCUCGGAUUAUUAGCUCAAAUUUGUAAAAAGAAUACCAGGAUGUUGUUACAAAUACCUGAUCAGAUUCCGGAGAUGUUACAGUGUGGAAUCGAUUGUUUGACGCUUCCAGAAACAGGAACAGUAAAAGCAGCUGGAAACUUCCUUACUCAUGCCAUCAUGCAAAGCCCCCAUUUACAAACAUUCAUUCAACCAAUUGGUCAACAAUUAGUUUCUGUAAUUUUGCAGUGUAUAGGUGGAGAAGUACCCCGAAACAACUUGGAACCUCAUGCGGAAGUUCUUUUAGCGUUGAAUAAAACAUGUUUAGAAUGGACAGCACAAUGGCUUCAAAUUGUUUUCGAAGAACAUUCUAGAUUAUUUACGGUAUCGCAGGUACAAAAGGAAGCUUUUGUCCGAAAUGUUCUACGAGAACGAACUAACAAACGAAUGAGUGAUUUGUUGAAGGAUUUCAGUCUUCAAAAUUUGGCCUCUGCGAACAAUUAGGCUGUGACAAUGUAGAAGCAAUAAAAAAAGUACUGAAGAGGUGAUUAAUGAAUUUCGAUCAUGAGAUUUAAUCUGUGUAAUAAAUGAAGUGUAUUCUGAGUAAGAUAUCUUCUCUCGCGAAUGGAAUUUAUCUAAAGCAUGUAUAUCUUUUAUGUAAUUAAGUAUUUGAAGUAAAAACUAAUGUAUGGAGAACGAGCAUAAAAGUGAAAGAAGAUAAAUAAACUUAUAUUACAUAA